AUGCCUGGCCUAGAAAGCCUGGAGGUUGAGCUGCUAUCAUGGAUCUUCGAACUCAUUGACGAUACGUCGCCAGCCACGCUUCGCUCGCUAGCACUUGUCAACAAGUACUUCAAUGCUACCACGAAACUUGUCGCCCACCGGCACAAAACCCUCAACUACACGCCUCUCAACUGGAAGAACGAUGCAACCGAGGUUCAGCAAUGGCUCCAGAGCGAGGACAUCUUACGUGGAUUGAGAUACCUGACCGUUGAGAAUGUGUAUACUUCAGACUCUGACGAAAAUCCAGAGGUCAAGUGGAGGGAAUUGGCACUUCUCAUCGAAAAGCUAGGCAAUGUAAAGCUCUUGGUCUGGAACCACGGCAGCAUGAUCCCAUUGCCAAUCCUCAACGCCCUUCAUACUCAUCAGAAGAAGGCAGAACUCCAAAUAUACAAGUUUGAGCGCAAUGAACAGACAGCAGACGAGCAUGACCCAGCCGAGCUCGCAUUAGCUGCCUCACCCGCACUCACUGCAAUCAAGGCCUCGUUUCAGAAUAACGGAGACCAUCCAGACCUGAGAGACGCAUGCUUCAAGCGCAUUGUUGCACAAGCACCCAAUCUCAGAUUCGCCUCCCUAAGUCGUUACUCGGCAGGCUGCGUCAUACAUGGAAUUUCUCAGGACCAAUGGGAGGAGAAACGGAAACUAGAAGAAAAGUUUUACGUUCAUCAGAGUCCUAAUGGCUCUCUCCGAAGACUGACGCUGGACGGUUAUGGAAUGUCUGGGGCAAUCUUAGACCACUGGGCGCGCUUUGUCGAUUUGACCAAGCUGGACAAUAUCAAAUGUUCGUCAGGACGUCCGGAAAUAAGCUACUUUGAGCGCGCUCCAGUACUUCUGACAGGUCUCAAGGACGUUUCAUUGAACUUCAGCUAUGGUAUGGAUGGUUCAGCCAUUCACGCAGCUGUUGAGAACUACCUGUCCACCACAGCGCCGCUCCGGUCUCUCAGCCUGUGGUCUUGGAUGGGCAAGCUAUCACUGUCGUCUGUUCUCGCACGGCAUGGAGACAGUCUCGAAGUACUACAGCUUCAUGAGCGAGAGUCUGCAUCUGAGUUGUCCUCGGACAGACGCAAGGUCUUGACUGCAGACGAUGUCAAGAGCAUUCGAUUGAGCUGCCCGAAGUUGAGGGAUCUCACAAUCGAUUGCGAUCGACCGUCAGAGCUGUUGGACACAGAAAUCGAGUCCGAUGCUGUGCUGAAGGAGCUCAAGGAAAUGGAAACCUUGUCGAGAUUGCAGAUUUACUACGACCUCGGGCUGAGUCACAUUGCGCACUCCAGAGCCCGCCCCGUGCCGGAUCCAAGGUCAGCCGCGGACAACGACAGUUCAAGUGACGAUGAUGCCGACAGGGAGGACUCUGAGGGGGAAGAUGAGGAGGCCGACGAGAUUGACGAUGACGAAGACCCUCCUGGUCGUGUAAACUUGGGACUACCUCCGUCGAGCGCGGAGAGCAUCAAGGCCUACGUCAGCGAACUUUGGAAAUUCAUUUUCGGGCACAGAAGCAAUCCAGGUGUCCUGGAAGUCAAGGUCGGGGAAUGGGAGCGAAAGAUCGGCGGCGGAUAUCCUGUUCAAUGGGUCCUACAGGAGGCCAGCAUGCGGACUCGAUGGAUUGUGAAGGCUGAUGAGCGCGAUGACCGGAAGGGCCAGUGUACUGUGACUCAAUUUGGUGGUGAAGGUCUGGCCAGGCAGCCCUGGUCAGGGGCUACACCUGGCCUCCGUGCCUUCGGGCCCGGUACACUCUUCGGCUGA